AAGAACAGAGCGAGAGAGCAGGCGAGGGCUGAAAAAGAUUUUCCUCCUCAACAAUCGUUCCUCUGUCUUUCAACGCACAUUAAUCGCCCAAAGACCUUAGUUUUGCCUCUUUCCUUUCUCCGAUCCUCUUAUAUACAUAUACAGUGAUAUACAUAUAUAUAUAUCGUUGUAUUCUUCUCCUCCUCAUUAAUUCCUUCUGAUCCGAUCUAUAUACAGAAAUCAAACUUUUUUUUGAAUUGUGAUAUAAAAAUUUGUGUAUUAGAUUGAUUAUUUUUUUGGCAAUAUAUUUAUAUAUUUGGGGAGUUAAUUGUAAAUUAAGCACAAUUAACAUGGCAUGUGGUGGGUUGCGUGUGCAUUGGUGCAACAGUGGUGUGCAGGUGAAUUCAGAAGAGCAGCAUGGUUUGGCCAAAGAAAAAGGAGUUGUGAUUAGUAACAAUAAGUUGUUUUUUAAAGAUCCCAAGUUGUGGCAGCAGAAGAAGAAGCAGAAAUCACAAUUCGCCCACUGCAGUCUCAGACUUGUUAACAAUCACCAGCUAGAGGCCUACAAUCCAACCCAAAACCCAUCUCUGUUGGGUGAUUCGAUCGGUCUCCACUGGAGGGAAAUGAAUAACGUCCACAAAAACACAAGGAUUGUUGAGGACGAUGAAGAUGACCGUAUUUCUCAAAAGCUCGAUCACUGGAUCAGAGAUUGCGUCACAGAGAUUGUGAGUAACAUCGGCAAAGCACCUUUGCUAGUGCACAUCUACUCAGAUGAUGAAAAAGCAUCCUCAUCAUCAUCCACCUCAAUCAAAAUAACGAUAGAGAAGGCUGUUGCUAGAGGACUGUGGGAGGCGGAGAGUCCCAUCCCCACCCCCAACGGCGUUAUCUUGGUGGAGGAACUAAAUAGUAGCGAAGAAGGUGGUGCCAUUUGCGAUGAAAAGAAGUCGAAUGGUGUGGGCAUCAGCAGCCAGCAGCACAAACUGUGGGGAAUACUCAUUCAAGGCAAAGGGGUUAAUCGCAUUGGACAUGCAUGCUACAUCCUCAAGACUUGCCGAGUUCAAUCCUUGUUCGGAUUCUGCACCCACUUUUGUUUAACUAGGGUUGAGUGCUUUGUAGAGAGUGCAGAAAUUCAGCUUCAAAAAAUGUGGUUGCAGAGGUAGCUAGGGAUCUGCAUGCCUCAGGUUUUACUUUUAACAUUUCCUUGUAUAUUCACCGAUACAUGAACAUGAUUAUUUCUGAAUACACUGCAAAUUGUUUAUUGGGACA